AUGGUCACGUCGAGAAGCAAGAGCAGACUAGUCUUCGUUCGUAGCAAGAAGACUGGCGACAUCGAUAUCUGCCGUGCGAACGAACUCGCCAAGUGUCCGUCCGCUACACCGUUGCAAGAGCGAGUCCUCCACUAUAUCGGUAGCGAUCGUUCCCGCAUAUGCGGCUGUACCAGCCCAAAGCGCCAUUACGAUGACUUUUUUCCCGUUGCAUCCGAGUCCACGCAUCUCAACUCUAGCUUAUCGAUGUACAUGGAUCGCCAUGAUCUCGACUUCUGUACUAUUGCCAGCUUCAUAAAGUGGCAGCAGCGAGUAAAAGCCGCGUGGGCGAAGGACGGAGUUUUUAUCGAUGAUUUUCAUUACGCGAAUCAAAGAAGAGCUGUCGUGUGUCGGUGUUCGAAUAGUAACGCUCACAGUUACGGUAUCCCUCGGAACCCGAUGAUCAUCGAGCAGUGCGCUGAGUAUUUUCGGACUUAUAGGGACACGAUUGCCUGCAGUAGGAAUCAGUGGCAGACUGUGGACGGUGACUCACCGCCAGCGUAUUCACCGGAAUCGCCGGACGAUCCCUUCAAGUACGAUUCGCAGUCAAGUUAUGGAUAUAUCCAUAACCGAACAGUUGAAGGCGACCGUUUGCCUGUCUCGCCAGAAAUGGAGAUCAGGAGUACAGCAGAGCAUGUAGCUCCUGCUGAUAUGAUGCAUCUUCGUAGCGGGCCAUGUGGUGAGGCAGAUAUUCCUGAGCAGGUUUGGAAGAAAGCUCGUCCAUCUGUGUGGGUUCCUAGACGCGGCUCGGACACGGCAGCAAGCACUCCUUUAGGUACGGCUUCUUCGCCUUAUGGCACCCGGAUCCCUCCUCUUGCUCACUUGAGACGCCCCCAACGUGCUUCAACGGCUACAAAUUGGUCCAACAUCCAGCGCAGCGCUGGCGUUAGUGACGACAGGACAUCUCCAGAAACACACCGAGGGUACGGCCCAAACCCAGCCGACUCUUGUUUCAACAAGGCUUCAAUUCAGGAGGCAGUUCAAAAUGUAGGUAUGCGAUCUCGCAACCCAUGGGGCUGCCGAGCUUCAAGAAUUGGAACGACGAUGGGCGCACCUUCAUUUUCAUACGAGAAGGAUGCCGAUGAACCUUCGCCAGAGUACUCCGAGUUUGGUCGCAGUAUGUCUACGCCUUUGCUGUACAACAAAUCUGAGGGGCAAGGGACGCCCACGGUCGAGCUCCCUGCUCAGCGAGCUGCUGUAGAACUUGACACAAAGCCUCUGUAUCGACAUUCGCCGACUUUGUGGGAACUUGAAGGUCAUUGUUGGGGGCCUACGUCGAACUUCGCAGGUCAGCAAUAUCCUGUUAAGAUACCGCCUAGCUCCCUAAUUAGGAAGAAUUACCUUUCGAACAAACCCAUCGCGCUGCAGUUGAGAAGAAUCAGCAAGAAGACGUGCGUAUCCGAGCUUGCUGAGUUGCAUCGUAAUGUAGUUUAUCUAAAGAUCGUCGCCCACAGAGUCGAAAUGCCACUCUCGAGUGCGUCGCCAGUGGUGGCUAGCCGGGCGGUCGCGCACAAUGAGCUCCCCCGACAGAAGCAGUUUCUCAAGCACGAUCUUGUAUUGAGUACGGCUGACACAACGCUACCGCAACCCGGAACAGGAUGCGGAGUUUGCCUUGAAGAGCUUGUUGUUCCUGAGAGGCCAUUCGGGCCUGGGACCACAACCACCAUCGUCUUCCUGAAGCCAUGCACGCACUUCUUUCACAAAGGCUGCAUCGUCGAAUGGCAUACAAGCGCCAGGCCUGAACGCGAUACUUGCCCCAUUUGCCGUCGCACCCUCUUCGUCGCCGAUCCCCUGAGUCCAGCACAGAUUCAGCGACUAUACGACGCCGCGGGACUCACCUUCACAAGGCGGCCGCUGGGACCACACCGCCACCCUAGGUCGAACGAGGAGGUAUUGAGCUGGGAAGCAUGUACUAUACACAUAUACGCAAACCGUGCUGUCCAACAGGAGAUUGACCGUGUCCUCAUUUCCGGCGGCAGGCAUCGCUGGGGAAAGGUGUGCAAAGAGGCGCGAGACGAGUUCCUAGCAGCGGGCGGUACGCUGCGCCCAGUUUUCGAACCCUACCGCGAUAGUUUCCUCCUUCUCAUUGUCGCCAUGUCAGUUCAAAUCUCUAUUGCCUGCUACGAUCACGCAAUUCGAUGCCGCGCAUUCGUCAAGUUGCAUGAACGGAUGAAGGAGAUGAGUGCCACCAUCGGAAGCGAACGCGAUUUUGAUCUCAGCAUGGAAAUGCAUCGGAACGGUCUCUUCGUUUCUGAAACUUUGCGUGUCGUGACCGUCCCUCGAGCGUUUCGACAGUCACUUCGAACGGCCUCUCUCAGGGUAUGCGGUCUAAAGGCAGAGAUGGAAAAGCGGCGAGAACGCCGAUCGAUGGGCGGUUUACUUCGACGCCUAGCAAAGAACGUUCUGUCGCGUCGCCUCUUCCUAAUGCUACACGAAGGAGGAGUUUGA